UUUAGGAUUAACGCCGCCUUGAAUCCAGCUGCAUUAAAUAAUGCCGCCCAAGCUUUAAACACGGCUGCUCUUAAUCCUGCGGCCCUGCUGAGCGGCAAGAAAGAUCAAAUCAAUUUUUAUGUGCCGAAACUACCGAAAUGCACAGCUGCUGAGGCUGCGGCGGGUGGUGUUGACGAAUCGAGAAAUGGUUGUGCAACAUCGGAAGAUUUAUUCUGGAAAUUGGAUGCAUUGCAAUCUUUUAUUAGAGAUCUGCAUUGGCCAGACGCCGAAUUCCGACAGCAUUUGGAGCAGCGACUAAAGAUGAUGGCCGUGGAUAUGAUUGAACAGUGUAUACAGCGAACGGAUUCGUCGUUUCAGUCGUGGUUAAAGAAAAAUAUUGCCUUUAUUUCGACCGAUUAUAUAAUACCAGCAGAGAUGUGUGCUAUGGUAAAUGUGAUAUUAGAUGCUAAAAAUCAAAGCUUUAAAUUAACUACCAUCGACGGCAUCGAUCUGUACAAAUUCCAUGCAAGAAUCGAUGAGCAAAUUGAUAAAGCGAAUGUAGCCAUGACACAAGGUUUAAGUGGUAAACUUAUGUCAGUGCUAGAGUCGACUUUGUCGAAGUUAGGGCGUUAUGAUGAGGGCAGUCUCAUUGGAUCAAUUCUUAGUUUUACAAAUGUCUCGAGCUCUGGCAAGGAUCUCGGACAAGGAUAUGUGAAUUUUUUUCGAAACAAUAUGGAUCAAAUACGUGGGAAAAUCGGCGAUGAUCUAUGGACACUAAAUUUCUUUGAGCAAUGGUACUCUCAGCAAGUAAAUAUGCUCUCCACUUGGCUAUCAGAACGUAUGGAUCACUCCUUGCACUAUGCUCAGGUCACGUCUAUCUCUCAUAUUAUUAAGAAAAUUUAUUCGGACUUUGAAUUGCAAGGUGUGCUUGAGGACAAGUUAAAUUCAAAAGCAUAUCAGUCAGUUAUACAACGAAUAACUGCCGAAGAGGCAACCUGUGCGCUGACUAUGCCUGAUGUUGCCGAUGGAGAGUUAAAUUGUGACGACAUGCGUAAUGGUGAUGAAGAGGACGGCAGUGAGGGCGGAGAGUCAGGUACCCAUGCAUCGCGCAGCAUGCCAAAGCCAAAAAUUGGAGCCGCUCAAGCAGCGGCAGUUACCAAUGUGGUAGCUGGACGUGUUGGCAACCUGCUAGGCAAAGGCAUUGGCGGACUUAGCUCAAAGCUAGGAAGUGGCGGCUGGUUUUGAAUCCUCUAGAUAUAUAGUUAUAUAUAUUGUUUACGUCCAGCUUCUGAUGGCAGCUUCUUAGUUUUGCUAAGAGCCAAGUCCACAGUUGCAUUAUUCAAUUUAUUUUGUUUGACAUCGGAAUAAUGGAUUUGAUGAAUAUAAAUCCGU